GGGUGUCGCCACACCACGGAGAGUACUGAGGGAGUCCUGCGAAGAGACCGCCUAGUCCCCUCCAGGCCUCUUCACACCUCUUUACACCUUCAUCCAGCCACACACGGUGCCCCGGCAUGCCAUAAAGACAGGUAUCCGCUCAUUAUUCCCUCAGAGAACCGCCACAGACCUCCCCGGCAGCCCUGUUUGAAAGAUUACGGAGACACCGAGGGAUGCUACUGCAGCAAACGCACCCCGCACCGCGAAAAUUCUCGACGUCUGCCCGAGGAACAGAAACAUUUGGUUGGCGCUUGACCGAUGCCCCUGAGGAUGUCCGACAGCGGUGGGAACAUGAACUCCGACGAUCGGCCGGUUAAAACGGUCCCCUUCCCCCUGAGCCACAGGCUCUCCAUGAAGGAAGUGUUUGACUGUGAGGGGAAGCCUAGAGUAGACCUGCUAAAAGCCCACCUCACCAAGGAGGGCCGUCUGGAGGAGGUGGUGGCCCUACGCAUCAUCAAUGAGGGAGCCGCCAUCCUGUGCCAGGAGAGGACCAUGCUGGAUAUAGAAGCCCCAGUCACAGUGUGUGGAGACAUCCAUGGUCAGUUCUUUGACCUGAUGAAGCUGUUUGAGGUGGGCGGUUCCCCCGCGACGACACGCUACCUCUUCCUAGGGGACUACGUGGACCGGGGUUACUUCAGUAUUGAGUGUGUGUUGUAUCUGUGGUCGUUGAAAAUCCUCUACCCAAAGACGUUAUUUCUUCUACGGGGAAACCAUGAAUGUAGACACCUGACAGAAUAUUUCACUUUCAAAACUGAAUGUAAGAUAAAGUACUCUGAGCAGGUGUAUGACUCGUGUAUGGAUGCGUUUGACUGCUUGCCGCUGGCUGCUCUGAUGAACCAGCAGUUCCUGUGUGUCCAUGGAGGGCUCUCCCCAGAGAUCCACACGCUCGACGACAUCAAAAAGUUGGACAGGUUCAAGGAGCCUCCAGCUUUCGGGCCCAUGUGUGACCUGCUGUGGGCCGACCCACUCGAAGACUUUGGCAACGAGAAGACGCAAGAGUACUUUGGCCACAACACAGUCAGAGGCUGCUCCUACUUCUACAGUUACCCUGCAGUGUGCGAGUUUCUACAGACCAACAACUUGUUGUCAGUCAUCAGAGCACAUGAAGCGCAAGAUUCUGGAUACCGAAUGUACAGAAAGAGUCAGACUACAGGCUUCCCCUCCCUCAUCACCAUCUUCUCAGCACCUAACUACCUGGACGUCUACAACAACAAAGCGGCGGUUCUGAAGUAUGAGAACAACGUGAUGAACAUCCGCCAGUUCAACUGUUCCCCUCAUCCCUACUGGCUGCCCAACUUCAUGGAUGUCUUCACCUGGUCCCUGCCCUUCGUUGGAGAGAAAGUGACAGAGAUGCUGGUGAAUGUUCUCAGUAUCUGUUCAGAUGAUGAGCUCAUGGAGAAUGAUGGAGAGGAAGAGGUCUAUGAUGCCAAUGCAGCGGCGGCUAGGAAAGAAGUGAUCAGGAACAAGAUCCGUGCCAUCGGGAAGAUGGCCAAAAUGUUCCAAGUUUUACGGGAGGAGAGUGAGAACGUAUUGACCCUGAAGGGACUGACACCCACUGGCAUGCUGCCCAGCGGAGUUCUGUCAGGAGGCAAGCAGACUCUGCAGAGCGCUACCAUUGAGGCCAUUGAAGCCAUUGAUCCUGUUGAGGACGCAGAAGCAAUCCGAGGCUUCUCUCCUCAACAUAAGAUCAAUAGCUUUGCGGAGGCCAAGGGUCUGGACCGGAUCAACGAGCGCAUGCCCCCCCGCCGUGACGCCGUCAACAUUGUUGGUGUCUCCAUGGGCCGCAUGAACAUGGGGGAGCCCAACGGCACCGACAACAACAGCAAUAUACAGGGAUGAUGCA